GGUCGGGCGAGAACUAUAAAAGAACGCACAAUCUGCCGGAGAGCGAUCAGUAGCGAACAAGCGAACGCGUCUGUUAAUACAUUUUGGAGCAGUUUGAACGAAGGUCGUGUGAAAGCAUAAGAUGGCAAAGUUUAUGAUGUCUUCCCUGUUUCUGGUGAUCGCCAUCGUCGCGAUGGUUAGCGCACAAGGUGGACACGGUGGCCACAAUGAUGGACACGGACAUGGUGGAUUUGGUGGCCAGGGACACAAUGGCGGUGGCCAGCACGGAGGCUUUGGCGGUGGCCAGCACGGAGGCGUUGGCGGUGGACACCAGGGAGGCUUUGGCGGUGGCCAUGGACAGAAGAACGUGCACGGAGGUGGUGGCCAGCACGGAGGACACGGCCAGGGCUUCGGAGGACACGGCCAGGUCGGUGGUCACGGACACGGCCAACAGCAUGGUCAUGGAUACAAGUCUCACGGCUACUGAAUGAGUAAAGUUUAGGUUUGGUGUGUUUUCUAAGGGAUAAAAUAAAUUGUGAUUUGAGUGUACAUAUGA